AGGAGGGGGUACGACUGACGAGACUUGUCCUAGGCUGGAUACCUAUCCGUGACCGGAGAAAGGACUUUCUGCCCCAAACCAGACAUGAUGCGUAUUCCCUAACACAGCGAAUGGAUUUAAUUAGCUCUCGAUAAGGAUGGAGGACGAUCUGGUAUCUGAAGAUGACAUUUUGCUGCGCUCGGAGAAGGAGUUUCAUGACGCGGCGAAGAGGAAUGAUACGGAGCGCAUGCAGGAGCUGAUGAAGAAAGGAGUGGACAUCACGGCUAAGAACAAACUGGACAGGAAGGCGCUCCAUUGGGCGGCCGGAGCAGGAAGUGAAGAGGCCUUGAAGCUGCUACUGGAACACGACACGGAGGUGGACGAUGCAGACAGCUUUGGCAUGACUGCUCUUCUCCUGGCCUCCUGGUUUGGACAUCUGAAGAUUCUGCAGACGCUGGUGGCCGCAGGGGCCAAGCUGAACGCUGAAAACAAGGAUGGGUUGAAGCUUCUCCACUGUGCUUCUCAGCGUGGUCACAUCCACGUGCUGGAGUACAUCAUGGAGGACCUGGAGGACACCAGACUGGACGCAGUGGACAAGAGUGGUAAGACAGCGCUCCACCUGGCUGCAGAGCAUGGACAACUGGGGGUGGUGGACUUCCUAAUCGGGAUGGGCUGCACACACACACUCAAGGACAAGGAGGAGAAUGCAGUUCAGCAUUUGGCCUCUAGAGGGGGGCAUCCAGAGGUUCUGCAGAAGACCAUGGACAUCGCUGAGGACAUCGAUGACAAAAACAUUGAUGGCUUGACAGCGCUGCAUGUAGCUGUGAUGGGGCAGCACUAUGAGUGUGUCAAGCUGCUACUGGAUGCUGGCUGCAACGUCAACGCACUAACAAAUAGGGGUGUGAAUGCUCUGUACUUUGCAGCCCAACAGGGUUUCUCCAGAGAGGCCCAGCUGUUACUAGAGGCAGGCAGCCACUCCAACACAGUAGACAACCUCCAGUUGACUGCCCCUCUCCACUUGGCGGUGUUGAAUAACCACUCAGAGAUCGUCAAGUUACUAGUGGAUGCUGAGUGUGAGCUGGAUAUUCCAGAUAAGCGGCAGCAGACGGCAUUGCACAUUGCUGCUGAACACGGCAGGCAAGCCAUGGCCGAAAUGAUCCUGCUCGCCGGAGUCAACCUCAAACUGCUCGACAAGCAGGGGAAGAGUUGUCUGGAUGUGGCUGCCAGAGCUAACCAUGUGAACCUGGUGGACAUGAUCAUCAAAGCGGACCGCUUCUACAAAUGGGAGAAGGACCAGUUAGCUAAUGAGGUGUGUGAUCCUCUAGCGGGCCGAGUGCUGACGUUCAGACAGGACCACCGACCGGAGACGGCACACCUCAGAUCUGUACUGUGGAGACUAGCCACCAGGUAUCUGGGUGUGGGGGAGUGGAAGCUUCUUGCAGACAUAUGGGGCUUCACCGACGCACACAUGCUCGCUAUCGAACAGCAGUGGACAGGCAGUAAGAGCUAUAAAGAGCACGGCCAUCGGAUGUUGCUGAUCUGGCUUCACGGGGUGAUGGUUGCCGGGGACAACCCCAUCAAGGGACUCUACGAGGGACUGGUGGACAUCGAGAGACUGGACCUAGCAGAGAGUGUGCGUCAGAAGGCCAAUGCAGACCCGGACUCUCCAAAGAAGUGCAAUGCCAUGUAAUACACACGAAGCUGGGAACACUACUGUACCACAGCCAGACCUUUUAUUUCAAUUAUUUAUUUUCUUAAACCUUAAACACCUUUUUUAUUUUUAUUUUUUUACUGCAAAGUGGAAGCACCCCACAUAAAGCACAAUAUGACACAUAGAGACACAUGCAGUGGGGAACAUCGGGAUGCAGAACCUACCUUUUUAAUUUACUUUUUUAUACCGUUAGCUGUUUAAAUGUAUUUUAUCUUUUUUUACCAAGUCAAAGUAUCCCACAUCAAGCACAAUAUUUGCACACUUUUAUUUACAUGUCCUAUAUACAGUAUAGCUGCAUAUCAGUUAAAAUGAAAGAUCUGGUGCAACAGGGAUGUCUUCUGUUUUGGCGUAUUUAUUCGUUAAACAGUGCAUUAAGACAAUGCAUUUUCAUCAGAGUCCAAUAGCUGCAUAUUAUUCUUCUUUUUACGCCUCAGCACCUUUUUAUUUAUUGUUUUGGGGUUUUUUGUCCAAAAAGUACCCCACACUAAGCACAAUAUUUACACACAGUGUAAACUCAAGCACUUAAGUGACACUACUGUAAACUGUCUGUUUGUUUGGGCUUUCCCUACCUUAAAGAAACAUAAUGAAAUAUGUGACGUCUGUGGUGUAGAAUAGAAAAUGUGAUCACCUGGGACUUUUUUGAUACUUAAAGCGAUACUGCACCAUUUCUGGCAAUAAGCUUAUUUUAUACCUCCCCUUCAGUUAAAAGACUGAGUUUGGCAAUGCAAUGCAAAUUCUACCUCCAAGCUAGCAAACACUCACUGAAUAACUGAAUCUUAUGGGCCCAGCUCGCAACUAGUUGGACCAAUAAUAUUCAAGCAUAAUUGCUAUAGCUUGGAACUAGACUUAAUAUCACCAGUCUAGGAGAACGGCUGAAAGAACACAUAAAGGGUAAAGGUCCAUUAUUUGACUCAAUGGAGAGGUGUAAAAUGGGCUUAUAUCCAAAAAAUGGUGCAGUAUCGCUUUAACUGCAUUUCUCUGUACUACUGAUGGAUGCUAUUGGUGAUGUGUACAGUACCAUAUGUUUUUGUAACCGUUUUUGUAGAUUUUAUACAUUGGUGUCUAGUACAGCAGUAAUGUAUGCCUUGUACACUACAUUAGGCCGGUGGCAUUGUGGGGAUGUUUCUUUAACAGAAGGAUGUGAAGUGUGACCAUGGGUGCAUCCCAAUAUGUGACCUUGCCUCCUCCACUUGUGCUUGUCUCCUCGUCCCGCCUCCUGGCCCCUCCUCCGUGGCGUAAACGAUAAAGUUUCCCAGCUGUCAGCCUCGCCACAACAACUUUUGAGGGACUGUUUUUCAUUCACCAUCCCAAUUGCAAAUGAGAAAAAGACUUUACAAUUGAGCUUUUGCAAGAUAUUGAAAAAUAAUGCUGUUGUCAGUGAUGUCAUCAUGACGAGAAGCAAGUGGAGGAGGCAAGUGGAGGAGGCAAGGUCACAUAUUAAAAUGCACUCCAUGGGUCCAUCUCAUUACCCCCUGUCCUCAUCUUGUGCUUGUGGCGUUGUGCUUUGCUUACACCUUGACUCCGUGGAGUAAACAAUAAAGUUUCCCUACAGUCAGCCUGGGCACACCAACUUGAGGGGAAUUUUUCCCAUUCAACAUCCCGAUUGCAAAUGAGAUAUUGAAUUAAACUUCCAUAGUUAAUGACGCCUUGCCUCACAAAGCCACUAGAAAUGACAUCUUGCCAUAAGAAGGCCACUAGCAAAAGGAGAGGACACGAGGUUACAUAAUGAGUUGGACCCCAAGUACUUUGCUGUGAUGAGGUGAAGAGGAAGUGUCCGCUGAGAACUAUUGGAGAAACACUACAGUGAAUCAAUUACAAAUAUUUUGUAUCUUCUUUUCUUUUGCAUGGGGAAUGGGUCAGCAUGAUGUUCACAUGUGUACUAUUGUACAGUAUUUAUGCUUAAAUAUUGGUCUAUAGCCUGUAAAAAUGCUUGUAUGCAAGCUGUAUUGUUUUAAUUUAAAAACAAAGUGCACAAAUUUCCCAAAAAUGUAUGCAGGUGCCAAAUCAAAAAAAU